AUGGGUUACCUGGACUUGGCCUUGUCGUAUUCCAAUCCGUCGCAGACUGUUGAAGCUCCGGCGAGUGGUGGUGGUCGCAGCCAGAAUGGAAAAUUUAGCUAUGGAUAUGCAAGUUCCGCUGGUAAGAGAUCAUCUAUGGAAGAUUUUUUCGAGACGAGGAUCGACGGUAUCGAUGGAGAAAUCGUUGGUCUUUUUGGAGUUUUUGAUGGUCAUGGUGGAGCCAGAGCAGCUGAGUAUGUGAAGCGUCAUCUUUUCAGUAAUCUAAUUACUCAUCCAAAGUUUAUCUCUGAUACCAAAUCAGCUAUAACUGAUGCGUAUAACCAUACAGACUCUGAACUUUUAAAGUCAGAAAAUAGUCACAAUAGAGACGCUGGUUCGACUGCGUCUACAGCUAUUCUUGUUGGUGAUCGUUUACUCGUUGCAAAUGUUGGUGAUUCAAGAGCUGUUAUAAGCAGAGGCGGAAAUGCCAUUGCUGUGUCAAGGGAUCAUAAACCUGACCAAAGCGAUGAGCGUGAAAGGAUAGAGAAUGCUGGUGGAUUUGUGAUGUGGGCAGGAACUUGGAGGGUUGGAGGAGUUCUUGCAGUUUCUCGUGCAUUUGGUGAUCGGCUUUUGAAGCAAUAUGUUGUUGCUGAUCCAGAAAUCCGGGAAGAAAAAAUUGACGAUUCUCUCGAGUUUCUGAUUCUAGCAAGUGACGGGCUAUGGGAUGUUUUCUCUAAUGAGGAAGCAGUUGCAAUGGUUAAGGAAGUUGAAGAUCCAGAGGACUCGGCUAAGAAACUUGUUGCAGAGGCAAUAAAGAGAGGAAGUGCAGACAAUAUCACAUGUGUUGUCGUUCGUUUCUUGGAUAACAAGAAAGCUAACACAGCUUCGUCAAGCCACGUUAGCUCCUCAUCAGCCAAGGAAGCCAAUCAAAUGCCGCCACUCGGAGACCUCAAGAGCUCACCCAAUGAAACUAUUGCAGUACACGGCGACUCAGGGAAUGUAAUGAAUCGAAAACCGAUUCAUGGAAGCAGCAGCAUAACGGAUGAAGUGAACGUUAAGGGUUUAGGGAACAAACCAGACAAUUCAGUAAAUCGAAAACCGGUCUCUGCAAGUAGCUCAACCGAUGCAGUGACUAUAAAUAAAGGGAAUAGAGAUAGCCUAGGCAGAUGA